UGAUUGUUGAUCAUUAUCAUCGUUGAUGUUGACGUUUGUUUUGUUUAAUUUGUUUGGUUUGUGGAGUUGAGCGCUUCAAAUUAAAGUAAAUAAAAUUUUCUACCUUCCUCUAUCUAGCCAGAAACAAUCAUGAGAAAGCUCAAGGGAGCAGUGAAGGAAACUGCGAAGCAGAAACGGGAGAGAAAGCAGGAAUAUGCUAAAAUGAGGCAACAGAUACACACUGUCGCAUUGCCUACCUUUGGAGUUAUAUUUUUGCUCAUUUGUGUCUAUGUGUACUUCAAGACUAGGCCAGCGAGUAUGCAGUAUGCCUAAAUUACUUCCCAAUGUGACUACAAGUGACAAAUUGGUGUAUUUAACUAUUUAAAGAUUAAGUUAUGAAGAAAUAUUUAAGUACUUGUAUUAUAAUUAAAUUAUUGAACAGAGUAUGAAAUAUACUAUAUUUACAAA